AUGACUAAGAAAUUAUCAUUAGAAUUGAGGCAAACUCGGAAACCUAUCCAAACUGCUUGUGGAUUCUGUCAUGAGAAGCAUUUGCAGUGUGAUGUGGGGAGACCCUGUCAGAAUUGUAGAAAAAGGAACAUUGCAUCUUUCUGCAGGGAUAAGGUUAAGAGAAGGAGAAAGAGAAAGAGAUCUGAUGCUAGUAAUUUUGACAAGGAUGAAGCAGCCACUCAAACAUUAAACUUUAACACGGUAAACCCCGGAGAGGGUUCAUCAUCUGCAAUGACUCAAGAUGAAAAGAAUACAGGAACAACAACCGCAACGACGACGAGAACUACAACAAAUUUUAGAUCUGAAUCUAAGGCUAGUUCAAGUACUGAGAAUAUUUCUCGAGCCAUGAAGGACCCGGCCGAUACUAUAAUAGCUAACUCUCUUUUGGAUAAGCCCACAAUUGGCGAUACGGAUGAUACAGGUUGGGGAUUUGGUAGUAUAUGGACGAAUGACGAGUAUAUGACAUUAAACGAUUUAACAUCUUUCGCCUCUGAAAGUAUGCCGAAUCAAUUGGGCCCCAUCGAAGAACAGCGAUCUCCUCGAAGAACGUUGGGAGAACCAUUAGCUCGGCGGUAUGACUCAUCACAGCCUUUUCAAUAUUUAAAUUUUGGAUCCAAAUUGCAUAAAACCGAUUCUCGACCGUAUAUCUCUUUGGAACAACCUGGUAAUGUUCCUUCGAUUCCAGCUUUUACAAUGAAUAAGGGAUCGAAUGAUGAGGAUGCAUCACCCCAACAAAAAGAAUCACAGCAGAUGCAACUUUGGCAACAACAGGCCUCGCAGCUACAACAACAGGCCUCGCAGCUGCAACAACAGGCCUCGCAGCUGCAACAACAGCGUACACAGCAGAAUGAACCAGUUUCGGAAUGGACACCUUUCCAGCUACGUCUAUUGAUCAAGACCCCAAAGGAUUUAUUUGAUAAAAAGAAUUUAGUAAAGCCCCAUAAUUACAGGAAAGCCUAUAAGGAUCUUCUAGAAUGCUUGCAUAAAAUGUUUUUAGGUAGUUAUUACAGGCGGCAAAAUGGUAGAUGGAGACCAGUAAGUGAUGAUGAAGAUCAAAUGCGUAGAAGGUUGAUGAGAAAAGAACAAUUACAACACAUUGCAAAAUCUAUUGGAGAACUUUAUAUGCCAAAAUUUGUUGCGUUGACAUCUAAUAUGAUUGAAGAAGAUUUAUUGCUACAAGAACUUGUCUUACAGAGAUCUCUUUUAGAACUUGAAAACAUGUCCAAAUUGGUGAAUUGUACGCCAAUCUGCAUAUGGCGACGUUCAGGUGAAAUUUGCUUUGUGAGUAAUGAAUUCUGUUCGCUAACAGGUUUUUAUAAAAGGGAAAUUCUGGAUCAAAGGAGGUUUAUUGUUGAAUUUAUGGAUCAUCAAAGUGUUGUUAGUUAUUACGAUUUGUUUCAUGAGCAUCUAGCAUUUGGACCCAAAGAUAGUACAAGGACAAUUCUUAAUAAAGACCAGGCAGUUUAUACUGAAUGCAAUUUAUUGCUUAACAAUGGAUCUUAUUUGAAAUGUGCAUGUUGUUUGACCGCCCGAAGAGAUGCUUUUAACAUUUCUUUGCUCCUUAUGGGCCAAUUCCUACCCAUUUUUGACGUUCAAUGA